GUCUCGCUGUUAUGAACUGAAUUCAAUAUUUUACAAUAAAAACAGCAGGUGAUUAAUAUCAAGCAUUUAUUUAAUAUUCCAAUUUCUUUAUUAUCAAGCAAAAGCAAACACAUCUUAUAGUUGGUUCCGUCGUUAUUAAUCUUUCUGAAUUUGUGAAGCAAAAGCAAACACAUCAAGUAGUUGGUUCCGUCGUUAUUAAUCUUUCUGAAUUUGUGAAGAGACGCAAUAGAUUUAUACACAAGCUCUACGAGUACAAAUCAUCAAAACGCGAUGCCUUAUGAUAAAUUACUGCUCGCUCUAUUUCAAUUUUUGACGAACAAAGCCCGAGAUACUGCAGCAGACAGGCUAGAAAACGGUGACGUUGGUAAUGAAGGAUUUCGCGAAUUUAUUAUACGAGAUUUACACGACAUCAAAACAAAGCUAGAUAAUCUUUCGAAAAUAGACCUUUGCUCCAGUUUAAACUACUUGGAGGAAGGAUUUCUUCUAUUUUUUAAAUGCAUUGACAAAGUAGAAAGUGAUAGAAAAUGUGAAGAAGCAAGUAAUAAUGAUGAGUCUCAGGCAACUUGUACUACCAUCACCACCAGGUAUGAUCUUUCCCGUGCAAUACAACAUUCAGAGGAUUUUGAAAUGGCAAAAAAACGAUUUAAAAAAUCUCGUGAAGAAGCAACAAGAGCUUUAAGCAACAAAAAUUUAAGCUUGGAGGAAAGAAUAUUUGCCAUUUUUGUUAAGAUCAUGGCACAAAUUUUUGAAUGCCCGGAGCGUCAGGAGAUUGUCAUUACUUUAUGUUUAUCUUAUAUGAAAAAGCUGCACGAAUUUGACGGUGUUCGUCAAAUGUUCUCUGUUUCUAUCGGUGGUGGCAUGAGAGCGAUGUUCAAAAAAUCCCAAAGAAUGGAAAACAUGAAGUCUGUCAUUCUUCUCAACCAUCAUUUAUAUCAGUUCAUUGCAAGGAUCAACAACAAUCACGAUCAUUUAUCAACUUGGCCAAGUAUUGAACUUGAAGACGGAAAAAUGUUUAAUCCAAUACAGGACUGGCGCAACGAAUUCCCUGUCGAGUCUUGGUAUAAAAAUUUGAUUGAAUCUUCCCAAGAAAUGGAAAAAAUGAAAACCAUGAUGUUUGAACUUUUGGACAAGAUGACUAUAAAUGAACAUUUUACUCCAAUAUUGACAUCACCAGUUGAAUUAGUUAUGGAUUUAUUUGUAAUUGAUAUUUUGGUUGCUGGAGGCAACAGAAAGAGUGUUGAAAUUUUUUCAUGGAAGGAGGAGAAAUGGUUUAAGAUUGCAUCAAUGGAAAAUAACCACAGGUGUGCUUCAUCAUUUAUUUAUAAUGACAAUUUAUUUGUUGUUGGAGGAAGAGACUGCAAAUCAAUGGAGACAUUGAAUAUAAAACAAUUAACUUUGACAAGGAAGACGUUUCACACAGAGCUUCCUUAUGUAUUUCGGGGUCAUCAAACUGUUGUUUGUAAGCAACAAAUCCUUCACAUUGGAGGACGCAUUGAAGAACUCAUUGCAGUACUCAAUGAGAGCGAAGGAACAUCAGAUUUGAUUCGUGAAAUAAAGAUAACUGGUGAAACAACUUAUGAUUUAAAAGAGUUGUGUCAUAUGCCUGAACCACGCUAUGGCCAUGGAGCUGUUGUUGUUGAUGACAAAGUUCUUAUUUUUGGAGGAUGGGGGAAAGAUAGCAAAGUUUUAUCCAGUGUUUUGGAGUUUGAUCCAAGGACUCUUACAUGUAAGGAAAUGCCUCCAUUACCUCAUCCAUUGACUGACAUGGCAACAGUUCAAUGGAGAGAUCAAGUUGUUCUUCUUGGAGGUUAUGAUGGAAAAGAAACAUUGAACAGUGUUAUCAUGUAUGACAGAAGAACUGGUAAGAUUACAGUCUUACCAUCCAUGUUGGAAAAACGAUCCCUGUGUUGUGCAGUUAUAACUGGUGAUACAAUGGUUGUCAUGGGAGGUGUGGAAAAUUUAUGGAAAGAUCUUAAAUCAGUGGAGUGUUUUGAAAUGGGAAGUAGUUAUUCAUGGAGAUAUCUUCCUUCAAUGAACGAAUCACGAGAUGGAGCUAUUGCUGAAGUUUUAUCUUUUGGACAAAAGAAAAAAGGCGAGAAAUUUGGGGAAGAAACAAAAAGUGAUCAAAGAAGUUUUUCUGCAGGGAUCAAGAACACUUUUGAAGAAAAAGAUGAUCAAACAUUGGUUUCAAAAUUUCCAGGAGAUACAAAAACAGCAACGACAGUUUCAAAUUAUGAUGACGACGAUGAUGAUGACUUUGACGACGAUGAAGUAAAAGAUCCUUUCUUCAAAGAAAAGUUUCUAUAUGAUGAUGACGACGAUGAUGAUGACUUUGACGACGAUGAGGAAGAAGAUCCUUUCUUCAAAGAAAAGUUUCCAAAUGAUGAUGACGAUGAUGAUGAUGACUUUGACGACGAUGAGGGAGAAGAUCCUUUUUUCAAAGAAAAGUUUCUAAAUGAUGAAUAUGACAUUCGAGAUGAUGUGCAUACAAAACUCAGAAGUUUACCGUGGAUGCGAGGAGAGUAUGGAACAGUCGGUCCUAACAAGAUAAUACCUUAUGUUCACGUUUUUGUCACAGUUGAUUAUAAAAAAGGAAGUUCGAAUAAAGAUGUUUUGAAGAAUGAAAUUGAUCAAAAGUUGGGAACUGGAACUUCGAAGUAUGUCGAAUUCCGUAAAAAAUCAUAUGAGAAACCGAAGCUUGAACUGUUAUCGGAUAUUGCUGUAAGAAGAAGUAAUGAGCCAACAAUAAGAGGUACGUUAACGAUGUUCUGUUACCAUAACGACAAGCAUUACGCGUUGACGUGUUUUCAUGUUGGUUACAACAAAGAUGAUAUCGACCAAUUUCCUGAUAUGCUUCAUGAAGUAAAGAAUGACCCUAACGGAGUGGAGUUGUUUUUGAAUUCCAAUAAAUAUUUCUACACUCCACCUGAAAACUCUUCUGAAAUUCCAUUGGGCCAUCGAUGCAGACUUUAUAGUUUAGAAAAAGAUACUGACAUCAUGGCCAUAGAAGUCGAUGAGAAUGUUGAUGUAUAUUGCAAACGACAGGGAUUUAACCGCCCUCGCUGGAGUUCCAUAUGGCAAGAGCUUCACAAAAGAGUUAAUAGUCGUGUGACUCCUAAACCUAAAGUGAUGAAAUUUGUUGGUGAAAACGAUAGAAGUGGAGAAAUUUUCAUGACUAAUUUCGGCUAUUUUGAUGAGGAAACAAACAUUGACAUUAAGAAUGCUGUUCUAGUAAAGAGCAAGAAGCAUUUUCUUAAAAAUGGUGAAUCGGGAGUGCUCGUGUUUUUCAUAGAUAAAAACGAAAAAAAACAAGCCUUUGGAUAUGGUGUUGCAAGAUGGACAUUUGAAGAGGAUGAAGAGGAGAACCCUGUUCCUGAUCCUGAAUAUCCUUAUUAUUACGUAUGCUUUAAGCUACAGAGGGCUUUAUCUAAUUUAUUUGGCGAAGGAAAUUUCGAGAGAUGUGGCUGUUUUGAACGAUGUGCAAAUGGAGACUAGUAUCUUGUUUCUCCAGAAAUAUUUGAUACAUAUUCGUCAAUAAGCCAAACAGUCCUCUUACACUUUAGAAAUAACUAACAAACAAACUAGUCUGAAAUUUUUAUUUGCAUGAUUUUGUUUUUAGUUUGGCUGUGGUAAAUUUCCACUGCGUAGAGGCCACGAUGAUGAAAAGUAUGUUGAAGACAUUUCUUUGUUCACUGCAAAUCUAUCCAGUAUAUAUUUAUUAAACUCCCAUUUUUGCAGUGGCGUAGUCAGACAUGAUUUGUCACCGAGGCAGAGAUCACCCGAGUGUGCGCUUUCAACCCCUAUCCCCCAAGGAAAAAUUUGAAAUUCUGAUGGUCGCGGGAAAAUGAUUUUGCCACAAAAUGCUUUAAACGUUUAUCAAUAUGUAAAUUUCGUUUAACUGUCAGUAAAUUUCGUUUUAUUCAAAUA